GAUGCAGGAGAAAUUCUUACAAUGAAUACCUGUGUCCCCUCAUUCUGUGAACGCCCCUGUCAUCAUCUUGCUAUCCUUCUCACCCGCCAUAAGGUGUGCCAUCGUGUCAUCUCUCCAAGCUAGGAAGCAGGGAGUGCGUGACAUUAAACCCAUCUAGGUGAGAAUUAAUCGUCCACGAGAUGGAAUUUCCCACCCAAAAAGCCGAUCCCUGCACGGGCGCCAGGCCUCCUAUCGCAACCGACAUGGGUACCUCUAGCAUCGACAUACUUCUUAUGGACGGCGCCGACACCCUAGUUUUUAUUGAUCCUCCGUCAUACAGACCAACCUGGUUAAUGCAGCCACACUCUGUCACGUCCGUUCCUCAUCGCAUUCAGAGCAAGAGCCUGUUGAGCACAGAAUCUUCCUACUUCACGAAGCUGUUCGAGCCGAGAAAGCAGGCUCGCAUUAUCAAGCGCCGCGACCUAGAGGGAAAGCUUCCUGGAGGCAUCAAAUACGCUAUUGAUCUUACCCCUCCCUCAACUGAUGACGAGGCGGUAGCUUUCACCACAGAGUUGUCAUGUCCGCUAGGUAUACGGUCCUGGGCUCGCGCAAGUCAGCGCUGGAGAUUACCGGCAAAAUAUGUCGAGGGUCGAGACGAGGAUGAACACAACCUUCCCUCCGAGUAUUCGGAAUCCCGCCAUCGAAUGGGUAUCCUGCACAUAUUACAAGCAUUAGGAGGUGUUAGUCCAAUUUUAGACACGCCAUGCAAACUCUGGACUUUCUUCGCAUUGGCUAAGGUGUUUGACGUGGCUAGGCAAGGACAGAUCAAGGUUGAAAUCCUCACCUGGAUCUACGAGUCAAACAAUGCUCGGCUCAUUGAGAUUCAUCCGGAGAUUACCUACAGAAUAGCUUGUGGGAUCCAGUGUGAUUACCUGUGUCGUGACUCCUUCUGUGUCCUUGUUGGAGAGGAGGCCCUGCUCCGUCUGUCCAACGCAGACAAGGGACCCAGACUCCAGUGGCCACAGAAAACUUUCCAUGGUCGCCUCCGUGAGCCUUUGGACGAUGAAGAUCGUCAGCGAGUCGAAUAUGCAGGCCAGAGCCUUAUGGAAUGUGCUCUUGACGAAUUUAUCCAGUUAGCAGGCACUGAGAUGCACUGGCUCCUCGAACUGCCGGCGUUUCAGAGCGUGCUCCGUCAUACUAGAGAUAAAUGUGAAAACUGCAUGUUUGCCCCAAGGGUUUUUUCCAAGCUGAAAUCAUAUGUGCGGGGGCACAUCGUGUCCAUCCUAACCAAACCCGCCAUAACUUGGGCCGCGAGAACAAGCCGGUACAUUGACUUUGAUGAUUAUCCCACGCGGAAGUUCGCAAACUCUUACGAUGAGAUGCGUUAUGCUGAGCGCCUAACCAGUAAAACAUUCUGGAAAAUGCUCAAGUUUGAGAACUACGAUGACCGUUUCGCAUUCCCCGACAAGAAGUUUUUGAACUCAACCGUCGCUGACUUGGGGGAACACCUAUAUCCUUUCCAGGCCCAAAAAAAUGCGACAAUCGGAUAUGUUGAUUUCACGGAUAUAUUGUCGGAGAUGAAUCAGUACAACAGGCACGCAGAUCCUAUUAGCCCAAGGUUUGGAUUCCGUCAGCUUGCGGGUGCGACCUUGAUCGAAGGAGGCAUGAUUGAAGAGAGUCCCACGGCAGUCUUCCUCAACCCAAUUGGCUUUUUCCAAGAAGUGCGCUCAUAUUUAACCGACAUUGGAGAGAUCAUGGCGGACAACAGCAGGCACGAAGCCAGCUUUCAUGUAACAGACACGCUCACCUGCCUCACUGACAGCGAGACAAAGUAUCUACCGUUGUGGGCGGGGGGAAAUGAUGAUGGAUCCGGCGGCGUUUUCACGGACCAAGGUAUACCUAAUCUCGAGACAGGUGGAUUCUCUACACCGGGGCCUGCGAUCCAUACGGGGAGUACUGUUUCCUCUACCACUUCUUCCUUUAGCAUCACUUCCAGUGACUUUGAAAGUACAGUCCAGGGAGCUUCUCACCGAGCCACGGGAGGCUAUUGGACGGACAUCAUGUCCGUGAAUUCGGAGUCGUGCGUCGUGGCAGAUGAAAACCAUGCAUCGACCUCAUCUGAGACACAAGCCGAUACAGACAAUCAUUCCCUAACCUUGGAGAUGUCGGAUGACGACGUCGAUGACUGUUUUGACACCGAUAGCGAAGAUAACAAUACGGUCAUUAUGGACAGCUCUGUCGAGGAGACCUCGGAGAGGCUGGAGCACAUGGGUCUGGGGGUAGAAGCUUUUCCGGAAUGAACUGCAAAUCAAGAGGGCAUUGAUUGCCUUGUUUAUAGCACCAAGGCCAUAAUAAUUGACGUUGC